GGAAUCGACCGUUCUCCCGGUCAUGUAACGUGACAUCUCUCCUGCUGGCGAGUGGCAACAUAAGCGACGCGUAACCGCCACAACGACCUCUCAGGCACCGAAUGCGCAUUGCUUUGCUAUGCGGAACCGUGAGCCAUGAAAAUGCUUCGUUUCCGGAGCCCGAGCAUCUCGUCUCUCCCGCAGGAGGUCCAGUGCACGAUUCGGCUGCUCGACGACUCCGAGAUCGCGUGCAGCAUCCAGAGAGACACUAAGGGGCAGUUUCUCUUGGAUCAUGUGUGUAACCAUUACAGUCUACUGGAGAAAGAUUACUUUGGAAUCAGAUAUGUGGACCUAGAGAAACAAAGGCAUUGGCUGGACCCAAGUAAACUAGUGGUGAAACAGAUGAAAUGUCAGCACCCGUACACUAUGUGCUUCAGGGUGAAGUUUUACCCUCAGGAGCCAAUCAAGAUCAAGGAAGAGUUGACAAGAUAUCUGCUGUAUCUACAGUUGAAGAGAGAUGUGUACCACGGCAGGCUGCUAUGUCCAUUUACAGAUGCUUCGUAUCUUGGAGCCUGUAUAGUACAGGCUGAACUCGGGGAUUAUGAUCCAGAGGAACAUCCGGCAGACUACAUCAGUGACUUCAAGCUAUUCCCUAAACAAUCUCCCAGACUUGAUCGCAAGAUCAUUGAUAUCCACCAGAAUGAGCUAAGGGGACAAUGCGCUGCACUCGCGGAGCUGAACCUUCUUCAGCGGGCUCAUACAUUGGAUACAUAUGGUGUUGAUCCACAUCCCUGCAAGGAUUUUACAGGAUCCACAGCAUUUCUAGGAUUCACUGCAAGAGGGUUUGUGGUUUUCCAAGGAAACAAACGGAUCCACCUGCUAAAAUGGGCAGAUGUCAGCAAAUUUAAGUUCGAAGGGAAAACGUUUUAUGUGAUUGGAGUACAAAGAGAGAAGAAACUGGUUCUGACGUUCCACACCUCCACACCAGCAGCCUGUAAACACCUGUGGAAGUGUGCUGUAGAAAAUCAGGCCUUUUACAAAUGUGCAAAAUCAAGUCAGAUAAAAACUGUGUCUAGCAGCAGCAUAUUUUUCAAGGGAAGCAGAUUUCGUUACAGUGGGCGGGUGGCUAAAGAAGUGAUUGAAGCCAGUUUAAAGAUUCAGAGAGAACCUCCUGCUGUGCACAGGUGUCAGUUUGGUCAAAGCAGAAGCUUCAUUUCACUCAGUCAUAAACAGCUCAUAAUGAACAUGGAGCCGCUUUUACCGGCACUGAGCUCUAGCAGGGAACACAGAGAUAUCUCAGCAGACAAUGGACUCUUGGCUUUGAAAGACUCUGUUCACUUAUCUCCACUAAAACCAUCAGUGACACCUGAAGAGGUGGAGAUAGAAGAUCUAGAAAACAUUCAGGAAAGACAAGAAGAUGAGAUGAGACCAGAUGAGGAGAGGAGAGAGACGCAUGCAGAUCAUGAAGAUGACACCGACAGCCUCACCAUUUCUGACACAGCGUAUAACCCAUGUGCCAGCAUGGUGCCAACACCAGUGGAGGAGACCCAGGGUGGGUUAGACGUGCUGUUCCAGAGCCCUGCACGCUUGCUGAAGGAGCUCCACGACGAUCCAGAGAUGCAGGUGGAGCUGCAGGCCGAACGGGAGCGGGAAGUUGCCAGAGAGGCGCUUCGCCGAUCCUUGUGCAACCCGGUAAACGGGCGGCAGCAGGUGCAGGCUUGCCUGCGCAGUGCCGCGCGUCUGGUGGUGAUGGUCGCUGGCCUUCUGAUGAUUUUACUUCCACUUCUCCUCAUGCUGCUGGAGUCGGACCUGGACAUCUCGUUCUUGCACGACAUUCGCCAGACGCCCGAGUUCGAGGAGUUUCACUACGAGUACUACUGCCCUCUGCGACGAUGGUUCCUAUGCAAACUCGAACUCAUAAUGGAACAGCUAUGGGGGGAAUGAGACGCAUCAGCAGAGAGGAACUGAAUGGAAUGAAGAAGAGGUUUGCUAUCAUACAUCAAGUUAUUUAAGCUCAUUCGUCGCUGAAAGUUAAGUGAAGCCAUACAACAGGUGUAGGAUAA